CUACGCACCAACGACUUGCCUGGCGCGUCUGAUAAUCACCUACUCAAAGAAUCAGUGCAAUACAUCGAUGACACCUUAGGAGUUGUCCAAGCGGAUAUUCAUCAUCUUUCUGACAUCCUCAGUCGGCUGAAGGAGAAGCAGAAGCUCCUCAAAGAUGCGCAAGAUGUACAUAAGAUCAUUUUAUCUCCCAUUCGACGUCUUCAUCCCGAAAUACUGGUGCAGAUUUUCCUCGCUACCUAUAGUGACCUCGGAGAGCGCGACGCCUACGACGUUUUUGAUGUCACAUCGGGUCCUUGGCUUGUCGGUCAAGUCUGUAGCAAAUGGCGAGCUGUUGUUGUGUCCCAUUCAAUGUUGUGG